AUGAGUCAGGUAUGCGCAGAUGUCAAUGAAAUUGAGAUGCAAAGACUUCAUCAAAACCCACAAGCCGCAUGCACGGCUCAGAAGGCCAAAUCGUCCACAGGCGGAUGGUGCCACGAGACAGCCACUCAAACUUUGAUCAGCAAGGAUACACGUGCCGUCGACCACAACAACACCAUAUCUUUGACGAGAGCCUCGCAAAAGGCUAUUUGCAAGCUGCUCUUCAAAGAUGGAGAGCCCGUGGCAGAUUUGGGAAUUUUGGGAGCUGGAGUUGGACAAACAGGACAUGCUCUUCGAGCAGUUCUCCCAAAGCUGGACUCUCAGUGGAGCACCACAUGA